CUGACACGUUUUAUCAAAAAGUGAGCAAAACUAGGGGAAAACGUGAUGAAGAAAACAAAGCGAGACAUUAUUUCAUGCUGCCGUCUGCGCCGUGGUUAUCCAAGGUCUGUGUAUGCUCUGCUAUUACAAGAAAAGUGGGUCUUUCAUUGCUUUAUCUUUACUGCUUUUUGUAACCCAGAUAGUGUCUCAUAUCAGUCCCCGGACCUUUGGCUCCGGCACAGCAGCACAAUAAAAGGAGCCUUCAGAGAGAUCUGUUGUGCAGACUAAUCAGCUGAAGCUGCGAGGUUUUUCCUGCGUUUUGCCCAAAAAAUGUGGCUCCUGAUUCUUUUAGUCUGGUUAGUCGUAUGGGCCGGCGGCACCUACUGGUACCUGUUCGGGAAGCCCAGUCCUUUCUCCCUGGAGUCUGUGAGACCGCCCGGACCCCGCGAGUUUGACCAGAAGAAGAGAGACAAAGUCAUCAAACAAGGUUUCAGUGUCGACAAAGUGCCCCAGAACCUGGAUGCCAUUGUAAUCGGAAGCGGGAUUGGUGGACUGACAGCGGGGGCCACGCUUGCCAAAGCAGGAAAGAAAGUUCUGGUCCUGGAGCAGCAUGACCAGGCCGGAGGAUGCUGCCACACUUAUGUAGAGAAAGGCUUUGAGUUUGACGUUGGUCUUCAUUACAUCGGUCAGGUCCAUGAAAACAGUCUGCUUCGAAUUGCUUUCGACCAGAUCACCGAGGGCCAGCUCGAGUUUCAGGAGCUACAGCCGCAUUUCGACACCGUCCAGAUUGGCCUCGGAGAUGAGAAGAGGGAGUACACGAUUUUCUCCGGGAAACACGAGAUGAAAGCCCACCUGAUGAAGCAAUUUCCCGACGACACAGAGGCUAUUGAGACAUUCUUCAAAAUCAUGAAGGUCUCGGCUAAAAAGACCCACUACCUGGCAACCAUGAAGCUGAUUCCUCAGUGGGUCUCCUUAUUCCUGCUGAAGUCAGGCAUCGCAGAUCUCGUCUCUCCAGUCUUUCGCCUCUCUGGCACGCCUGCAACUGAUUUCCUGAACACCCUGACCAAUAACAAGGACCUCCAAGUUGUCUUUUCUUACUUUUUCUAUGGUGUGCCUCCGAAGGAAUCCAGCAUUCUGAUCAACGCCCUCCUCAUCCAUCACUACAAACGAGGCGCCUACUACCCUAAAGGGGGAGCCAGCGAGAUCGCCUUUCACAUCAUCCGAACCAUCCAGAAAUAUGGAGGGAACUGUCUGGUCAGAGCCCCCGUCUCUCAGAUCCUGGUUGAUAAGCAGGGAGCGGCCUACGGCGUGAAGGUGAAGAAGGGCCAGGAGGAAGUGGAGGUCCACGCACCUGUGGUGGUCUCAAACUGCGGCGUCUUUACCACCUUCCAGAAACUCCUACCGCCUGAGAUUCAGGUCAAACAUGGUAUUCAGGAAAGACUGAACAUGAUGAAACACGGCAGAGGAUCGUUCUUGAUCUUUUCCGGCUUUGACGGAACUGCGGAGGAAUUGGGUCUUGUUUCUACAAACUUCUGGCUCUUCAAGGACAAUGACAUGGAUAAGUCGAUGGAGGACUUUUUUGCAAUGAACAAAGAGGAGGCACCUGAUAACAUCCCUAUGAUGUUCAUCACGAUACCGUCAGCAAAAGAUCCUGAAGCCAACACGCGUCAUCCAGGAAAAUCUUGCAUGACGAUACUGACCAUGGUCAAGUACGAAUGGUUUGAAGAGUGGAAGGAUACUUCCGUGCGCAAAAGAGGUGAUGGAUACUACAACUACAAAAUGAGAUUUGCAAAGAACCUCUUUGACUGGGCCUGCACCGUAUUCCCUAAAAUCAAAGAAAAGCUCGUUUUCCAAGAUGUGGCGACUCCUCUGACCAACGUGCAUUACCUGGGAGCUCAGCGUGGAGCCAUGUACUCCGCCGAGCACAACGUGGAGCGAUUCUAUGCUGAGACCGUAGCCAGGAACAGAUGCAGCACUCCUGUAAAAAAUCUCUACAUCUCAGGCCAAGAUGUGUUCAGCUGUGGGAUUGCAGGCGCUCUGCACGGCGGACUCCUCUGCGCCUCCACGGUGUUGGAUCACAUCGUCUACAUCGACCUACUCCUCCUCAAAAAGAAGCUGAAGGGGAAGAAGGCCAGAGAGCUGGCCCAGGAGGCCAAGAAGAAACUGUGAGGAGAAUGCUGCUCACUGCCUCCCCCGCAGGACGAUAAAGAAAGUGCAAAACCUUGGUGCAGCAAGACUUAGCAAAGCAUCCACGCAGCUACAAUCCAAUAGGCUGGUGUCAUUUCUCAUUUGUAUUGUUUGUUUAAUGUGUUGAAUUAUUAUUAUUGUUAUUAUAUAAAAGUUCUCCGUUUCUUUAGUUUAGGUGUACAAUUAUUAAGAUAAUAACUCUGAAAUGAAGGAGCCUGAAUGUUUAAUUAGAUUUUGUGCAUAAUUCUUUAUUCGUAUCUAGACCUUGGGCUGGUGUUAAUGGGGAUAAGCCCCCCGUGAACUUUUUAUCUCAGACAUUUUGAAGCAGGAUCCUGUGAGAGGUGACGACCAGCAAAUACUGAAAUGUUUUGCCUGCAAAAGGCAACUCUUAGCAUCUUAACUUUUAUUAAACGGAGGCUAAGUUUCCAGUUAGUCGGCACAACAGGGGCCAAACCAGUUUUGUUUCCUGUCAUAAAAUAACAGCAACAGUAAAAAAGCAGUCAGGCUUGGACGAGACUAUUUACAUAGAAUGGGUUAUUUUUUAAUAAACGGUAACAGCGUUCCCAUGUCUUUGAGAGUAACCACAGGCAGAGUAAAAACCAUCAAACUAUUGCAUAAACUAUUUGCAUAAACAAAAUUAUUUAAAUUUUUUCUUUUACCUACUUAGCCCCGGCGUUCUCCCCGAAUUAACAACUGAUAAACAUGGUAGUGGUAGUGUGAUGAUAGGGGCCUGCUUUGCCACUUCAGGACCAGGAUGACUUACUGUGAUUAGUGGCACCAUACAUUAUGCUCUCUACCAGGAAAUCUUAAAGGAGAACUUUGGGUCCUCAGUUUGUGACUUUAAGCUUUUUUUGGGUCAUACAGCGGGACAAUAGUUUGU